GAUAGAUUGAAACUUGUCAAUACCCAAGAAACUUUGAGAGUUACAGAAGCAUGGAAUAUAAAUAAUGAAUCAAAUUCGAAAGAAGAUUCAGAUGAAAAUUCUCUGAGUUGUAAUACUUCUGAUUUAAAUAUGAGCACAAUAACUGAAUUAGCAGAUACUAUUGAUGUUAUUUAG